AUGGAAAAAAUUCAAAGAAUUUCAGAUUUAGUAGCAGCAUAUCAAAAAGUUUCAUCAUUUAAAAAGAUAGAAAAGAAAUUAAAUAAUGGAAAAUCAUAUAAAAUUAAAAAAAUAUUUUUAAUGAGAGGAAGAUAUUAUUAUCCAGCUAAAGUUAAUAGAAAGAGUGCAUCACAUAUAACAUUAAUUAAAAACACAGCAAUGAAUACAUUUCAAAAUAUAGAGGAAGCAACUGAUGAAGAAAUCUACAAUAGAAUGUACGCAGCCAGACAAAGAGAGAAAAUGUUGAAAACAAGUGCUUUCGUUCAAUCCUUUUUGGGUAUGGCUGGUCAAAGUUACCAAAAAGCAUUACAAAAACAUGGUUUAACUUCAAGUGAUGGUACUUUUGAAUAUAAUGAAGAAGAUGAUGAAGAUUAUGAACCUUCUGAAAGUGAUGAUGAUGAUGAUGAAGGUGAACAAAAUGGCGAAGAAGAGGAUAAUUCUGAUACUGAAGAUGAAGAAGAACAACAAUUAAAACAACUUGAAGCUAAAAAUGAAGAAGAUGAAGAAUUUGAAGAACAAGAAAUAGAUGAAGAUGAAGAAGAAGUAGAUGAGGAUGAAGAAAAUGGCGAAGAUGAAGGUUUUGAAAUGGAAGAUGAUUUUGAAGAUUCUGAAUAA